AUGGGUUUCGCGGGGAACGCAGAGCCCGGCAGCGACCACGUCCAACAACCGGUGGCGUCCUGGCUCAAACGCGUCGUGUACGGGACCAAGAUCUCGUCGCUGCAGCAAUGGUACUUCCAGAAGGCCGGCUUCGAGGCGUGCGUGUCGUACUUCUAUCCGCCCACCAUGCGACCCGACCUCAUCAAGCAGUAUGACUGCAGAAAGGCCUUGCCUAUACGCAUCUUCUUCCCCUCCGACUACGACCAGACAUCACCGCAGUCGCUCCCGACGCUCUUCACGAUCCACGGCGGCGGCUUCUGCAUCGGCGUCCCCGACGACGACGACACGUGGAACCGCAGCUUUGCCGACCUCAACGGCGUCCUCGUCAUCGCGCUACACUACUGGAAGGCCCCCUGGACGCCGUGGCCGCACGCGCUGCACGACCUCGAGGCGCUCUUCCUCGCCGCCAUCGCCGACGAGUCCCUGCCGAUCGAUAGGGCGCGCGUCGCGCUCGGCGGCUUCAGCGCGGGCGGCAACCUCGCGCUGUGCCUGUCGCAGAUGCCGUCCCUAAACUCAUAUUUUAUCUGGCGGUCUCGACAGUCGAUACUCUGUCACGGUACAGCGGUGCGGUGCCGAUCACGCCGGCGAGCUGGUAAGCUGGUCGGCAAGCUGCCGGGGAUCCGGGGGUCCCGGCGGGACUUUGUGCUCGAGUUCGCCGACGUGUUCGACUGGAGCUACAUACCGUACGGGACGAACCUGCGGAACCCGCUUGUGUCGCCGCUGUACGCGGCGCGCGAAGAGCUGCCGGCCAACGUGUGCAUCGUGGCGGCGGAGCUCGACUACCUCGCCUACGAGGCGUGGGAGCUGGCGUGCAAGCUGGGCGGGCGGCCGCGGCCCCCCGUCGGCGGCGCCGUGGGGCGGCCCGAGCCGGCGGCGGGGGCCGGGCGGGAGCCGCAGGAGCUCGAGCUGGAGGACGAGAGGUUCGCGUGGGAGGCGGCGGACGCGCGGGGCAGCGUCAAGUGGCUGCUCGUGCCGGACGUGGUCCACGCCUUCGACAUGCACGAGAUGGGCGCCGCGCAGAUGGACCCCGCGAGCACCAGGGACGGCAACGCAAAGGCCGUCAAGGUCAUGGGGGUCGUGGGAGAGUGGCUGAGGAGGACGGCGUGGAAGUGA